AUGUAUUCCAGUACCUUUUCUCUCAUUAUACUACUAGCCUGUGCUCUAUUUACUUCAGUAACUAGCGCUCAGGACGGGGAGGAGCCGCAACCCUGGGUAAGAACAGUUUAUUCUACAGUAGUCGAAAUCAUAACGCCAACAGUGAUAGCUGGCGUCACUUUCUCAGGAAAACCCCUUCAUGAAACGAGAGAGCCUCUAGAUCCAUGGAUUUCUUUGAAUAAAGCGGGCAAACCAAAAACUAUUAACCCAGAAUUGAAAAAGGGAAGGGUUCACAAUCCAUCUCCUGAAUAUUCUACAUUCUUCCAAAGCGCUGUUGUUAAAGAGACUACGUUACCCAAUGGCGAAAAGUUUGAAGAUGAAGAAUAUGUGGAGGAAGAUAAAACAUAUAUAUCUUUAAACCCCAUCAUCAGAUGUACACCAGAGAGAUUCUUUAAUAAGAUGGCAGGCUAUAAUGAUGACACUAGCGAACCCUUCUGUACACCUCAUGAAAACGUCAAAUGGGUCGUUGGAAGCACAUAUUUUGUUACUUGGUAUACAAGAUCAUUCCCAGACAUUAUUAAAGUGAGGAUUCAUUUGUCUUUUGUGAAGGAGUCGAUGGAGGAAAUAGGUAUGUAUAAGCGCGAUGACACAGACAAACAACCUCCACAAUUAUUAUUCUUCUCUUCCGAAUGGAUUGAUAAUUUUAAUGGGAUUUAUCCAAUUACGGUUGAUGAAGAUUGGAUGAUGGAUAAAUAUGAAAGAAAAAUUAUGGUUUCCAUACAACCAUCUGACAUAAAAGAUGAAGAGUUCGAUCCAUUCGAUAAUGGUAUUACGUUACAUUUAAAAGUUCCUACAAAAAUAUACAAGAAUACGAAGCAAUAUUGGGAAAAGGAAGAACAGGGAAUAAGGGAUGAUAGGUGGCUUCGAGUUGCAAUAACAGUCCCCAUUAUUAUUCUAUUUGUAUGCUUGAUUGUAUAUGUUUCAAUUACGCUAGGAAAUAGACGAAUCAAUAUCGCUGCAGUUAGUAAUAGGGUUUCUGCACAGAAGCAUCGUGUAUUGGGCAAAGUUAAAGAUAUUAAGAGAUAUAAACAUUUUAAGAACCAUCCUUACUCAGAAUUGCCAAGGAAAACGGACAAACAGCAUUAA